AUGCAAAAGAAAAAAGACAGCUCCUUGCCCACCAGUAUGUCUCGAAAUUUCCAGUGCGCCGCGCUUGGCGCCCAACACAACCCCCUUGUCAUUGAUGACGAUGAAAACCUCCUCAGAGACCUUGCCCGCCGGACUCGGCGGAUCAAGGAAGAAGCCCAAACCGGCCGGCGACUUGCCGAAUGGGUAGCAUCCCACGCCCGCCAAAGAGGCAGCAACGAACGCGAGAGCCCUUCCGAAGACGACCACCGAGAGGUACAAAUUGAGAAUGCCUUAGAGGAGGGUAUUUCCAGUAUUAUCGACUUGACCGGCGAUGAUACCCCGAUUAUCGAAAAACGCGUAACGGUCCCGAGACAGGAUGUACGGCAUAUAACCAGCUGCGAUUUGGCAAACGGCAUUCGGAUCCGACCAGGGAUGACGGUCGAGCUCAACAACCCAAUUGGGGCGUCCGAGAUUCAGUUCCUGAAGGUCGCCGACAUUAUCAGGCUUGGGUUGGGUCCCGAAAUUGUGAUACGUGGGCCGGGUUUCACGCGAACUCGGCACCUGGACGGGAUGUUGCUCCCAAAGCUCAACGAGGUUGCAAUGGUGGCCGAGUUUCGCGGUUCUAGCGGAAGACAAUGCGAAGAGGAGGUCAUGUUCGAGGUGAAAUCGACGGACAUCCGACGUGCGAGAGCCCUGCGGAUCACAAGUGCGCCCUUUCCGGAAUACAGGUUCAGCGAUUCUGAAUACGCCAGCAACGGAAGACGAUGGGUGGAGCAGAACUCCAUCCUGGUCUGCAGAUACCGCUACGACAUUCACUACCACAGAGAUAGCGACAAGCCCCAUGAAUGGGCCUUUCUGAGGAUUUGCGAGGAAGACGCGGACCCGGAUUUCAGAAUGUCAAACGAGAGCAACCUGAAUCGAUGGCGGGGCGGCAAAGUUCCAGGAGGUUCAUAUACCCCCUACGGAUUGAGUCAUCCAGUACUCGACCUGGAAUCAGGGCCAUCAAGCUACGGCCGGACCAUAAGCCUCUUCUCCCCCGGGCAACGCUAUACAGCGGGUGAUGUGUUUUCCGGAGCAGGGGGUGCCUCAAGAGGUAUCGAGAGAGCAGGUGUUCAACUGCUCUUUGCAGUAGAUAACUGGCCGCCUGCUGUAGAGUCCCUGAGAAGCAACUUCGGCCGGAGCCACGUUUUCGAUUUGGAUGUUACGGAUUUUAUUACAUCGAGCGAUACCCAACACCGCGUCGACAUCUUACAUUUGUCACCACCAUGUCAGUUCUGGUCGCCGGCACACACAGUGGCGGGGAAGAACGAUGAACAUAACAUCGCCGUUCUCUUUUCAUGUACACACCUCGUGGAAAACCAUAAGCCGAGGCUGUUUACGGUGGAACAAACGUUCGGGAUCUUAAGUCCCAGAUUCAAGGAAUUCUUCAAUACCUUUCUCCACGGCUUCACCAAGCUUGGGUAUUCGGUUCGAUGGAAAGUUUUGCCACUCGCCAGCUACGGUGUUCCACAGUUGCGGAAGCGACUUAUUAUGAUCGGGUCAGCCCCUGGAGAAAGGCUUCCUCCAUUCCCACCUCCGACUCAUAAUAAGGAUGGCACGGGUGGUCUCAAACCCUGGACUACUCCAAAAUCAGUUCUGGCCUCUCUAUCGCCAAAUCUGGUCCAUAAGUUACACGAACCCGGUCUCAGCAAGCGGUUCGACCCGCCUAAAAAGCCUUGGGAUCCUACCCAACUCGCCAAGACAAUAACAACAGACGGUGGUCGGAACUACCACUGGGAUGGGGAGCGAGACUUCACCCUGCUCGAGUACGCAGUCCUCCAGGGCUUCCCGACGUGGUACAAAUUCGAAGGAGCGUAUAUAAAGAAGCAAAUCGGCAACGCUUUCGCGCCGUCCGUUGUCAAAGUUCUUUACGACCACCUCGUCGACUGGCUCCUGGUCCAAGACGGCUUCGACCCCUCCGCUCGACGCAGCCCCCGUGCCGGGAUGCCCAGCGAUGUUUCUUCGGACAAGUACAUCUGUCUUGACGACAAUAACAAUAACCAUUAUAAUGUAACUGCCGGCAGUACCAACGGCUCCUCCACCCGCAGACUAAGCGAUAUCGUCCGCCAGUUUGACCAAGCAGCCGAAAACGAGAACCGCAACGACGAGCUGAUGGAUCUGAACGGGCUCUCGGAUACGGAGACGUUGCGCGGCGACGAGAUGGACCACGGGAUUGCGAAGGAAAUAGAAUUGGGGGGAGACUGUGUUGUCGAUCUGAUAAUGGAGGGAUGGGGCCGGGGAACAGCAGCCGACCCGUGUGUGCUAUCAGAUUGAGUUGAGCGAAACGUGGUGAGGAUGGUUGUAGUUGUCACUGGGCCAGGGGGCUCCAGCAAAGGGUUCGAG